AAGUCAUAAACUGGUUAAGGGUGGAUCUAGCGUCACUUACUUCCAACUUUAGACCCCUCAAACAAUUUAUCUACAGAUUUAAACAUUGAAAUAUCUAUAUUAUUUUUUUUUAACUCGAGUCACCAGAAAAUUGUAAUGAGAAGCAAGUAUUAAACUCCCAGAGGACCUGAAAGUUAUCACUGAGUUUAAUAGAGAUAGAAUUCUCAUAUAUUUCAAUUCUGAUUGUAAGUUAAACCAUGAUCGUGAUGGAAUUAUCAUUGCAACGCUUUUACAUCACUUCUGUGUUGAUCCUUCUCUCAAGCAUGCUGACCGCGGUGAAUGCUUACGCAGUAGAUUAUUGGAACUACGAUAAUUCUGGUGGCUACGGGCCAGACAAGUGGUCUGAGUAUUAUUCUGAUUGUGCUGGGAUGAUGCAGUCCCCUAUUGACAUUAAUACUACAGACGUCCUGUACGAUCCUGAUUUGGCCUACUUUGAUUUCAGCGGUUACAACUUGACAAAUGGAGUCGAUUUGACAUUAGUCAACAAGGGAGGUCAUACAGCGGAGGUACUGUACACGGGCAAGGAAGUCUUGUUAAAGGGAGGUAAUCUGCCGGCUGAUUACAGACUUGUUCAGUUCCACUUCCACUGGGGCUCCACCAACACAACCGGCUCUGAGCACGCAAUGGACGGAAUGCAUGCCCCAAUGGAGCUUCAUCUGGUCCAUAUCCAAUCAAGAUUUUCGAAUGCAUCUGUGGCCCAAUUAAAACCUUUCGGACUUGCUGUUCUGGGUUUUCUAUUUGAGAUAUCACCAGAGAACAAUACCAAAUAUGAUGAACUUCUAUCACAGUUUUAUAAGAUCCAAACUGUUGUUAAUAACACACAAGACAAUGAGACCGAGAUUGGGACCUUCUCCCUGUACGAGCUGCUGCCAGAAAAUCUGGACAAAUUAGACUUUUACCGUUACUUUGGAAGCCUGACCACACCUCCAUGCUAUGAAUCAGUCAUCUGGUCUGUCGCCACGGAAAAGAUUCCAAUAUCUGAGUACCAGCUGAACAUUUUUAGAAGUCUGUAUGACGACCAACAUCAACACCUGAAAGAUGACUUCCGGCCAGUGCAAAACAUUGACAAGAGAACCGUCACCACCACCAAAGAGCCUGCAGUGACGGAGCCCAUGUCCAGCACUCAAGUCACAGUUUUCCAAUGCCCCACCACAGAGAAACCCGGCAACAGUGCCAGUUUCCUUGUUGGUCAAAAUCUAAAUGUUGUGUUGGUGCUACUGCUGACUAUUUUUAAAGUCUUGUCGUAAGCCUUGUGGGUUCUUAUAGAAUACAAAACAAUUGUUUAAUGGCUGGGGUUUUUCUACAUGUUUUUUAAGUUGGCAUGCAAAAAUGAAUCCUAAUUAUAGAUGAGAGUUAUCUACAUUAGCCCAUUAGUUCAAAACUUUAGUAGAUAGUUUUAAAGACAUUAAAACCACCUGACCGAAUUUACUUUUCAUAAUAAGAACUUAGAAAUACAAACAAUCUAGAAUCUAGAUGAAUGAAUUAAGAUUGGAUUUUUUGCUUAUCUUUGGAGCAUUUCUAAUUUUACGCAUGUGUGUGUGUGUGUGUAAGUGUGCCAGUGUGGAUGUUAACUUAAAAUCUACUAAAUGAUGCAAUGUUACUGUAAUGUCAGGGUGUUCUUGUACAUAUGUAUUAAACAUUACCAUAUUUUAAUUUUCUUCUAUUAGAAAUAAACAAUUUGUAUAUAGGAAUAUUUUCUUUAGUAAACAUAUAUUCUGGUCUUUCAAAUGAUUACUUAUUUUUCAGUUUGAACAGAAAGUAUUUCUACGUAUAAUGUAAAAGUCCUAGAUUUGAUAGUUUAUGUUUAUAUUAUUAUGUUGUAAUAUGUUCUGUUACUAAUUAGUGACUUCAAAUCAAAGAAGAAAGUAUUGAUAAAAUGCUCGUGAAGAUCUUUCUUCCUAAAUUGAAGAUGAGCACUGUGUCAUGCUCAAACCUACUUGGAAGGCUGUGGUUCAAUUCAACCUUCGCCUUAACAAGCCGUUACCUGGUCAAGUGAAGUAUGGGUCUGAUUCAUCUUGGUUUGCAUCUAAAGUAAAAUACAACCAAAAAACAAAACUAUUUAGCUUUAUAUUUUCCCAUUUCAAUAUACUUUUUCAUUAUAUAUUUAUUCAGCUCCUAACAAUAUUCUGAUGUACAUAAAUGUAAACGAUUUGUAACACUGUAUAUACAUUUACAAAGUGUUAAUUUCGAUGCGUUUACAAAAUAGUCAAGCAGAGAUUGUGAUAUUUAAAAACAAAUGUAAUGUAACAUUCUUAUUUUAUAUAUUUAGAUGUGUUAUAUACAAUAUACAUAAUAUACAAAGAUAAUUAGCUAAAAUAGAAAAGCACCACUUUCAGACCUUGUGAUCUAUAGGGCAGAUGACAUAAAGGUCAUUUGUUUCCAUGGACAACGGUUAAUGAGGGUGUCAUGUGGCCUGCACUAUCAAUAUAUAUACAAAUAUGUGUGUUAUUUUUGUUUUGGGGUCUGAACUGAUGUGCAUCUGAUAACCAGUUUUAGAACUUUCCUGUUUCUGCUUUGUAUUUUUUUUUUUUUUUGAUACAAAAAUCUCACUAUUUAUAGGUUGGAUGGAUUUUAACAACAUUCUUCAAUGUUUGACUUAGUGUAAUUGAUAAUUUUAAAAUAAACAUUAAUGGAUUGCCUA